AUGGACACUGGCGGUCUUACUCAAAUGACUUACAAUUCUUCUUUCAAUAAUGGCGGCUCCCUGGGAGUGCCCGGGUCUGGCUUUGCUUCACGCGGCAAAGGCUCUCACAUCAAGCGGCUGAGUGUGCCUCCCCAGGUUGCCACCAUCGAUGAGUCUCAGACAUCGGCUUCAGUCUCGACACCGCGCACCAGUCGCUCUCACCUCUUGGCUGGACUGCGAACUGCUCCCAAGUCUGCGACGAUUCCUUCUCACCAUCAACAGCGAAGCGGCAUGGAAGAUUCACGCUUCCCUGGUUUUCCCAAUCGAGGAUCAGAUCGAGUUCCACAAACUGCGACUGGAACUGGAUUCCCACAGCAGGCUUACGCGCCAACUCAGAAAAUGAACUCGCACUCACACCCGCAUCACAAUCCACGUCAACACUCCCACCAAAGUUCGCACAACAACCGCGUGGCUUAUACCAUGCCGGAGCAGGUACUAGCACCACCAAUGCUCGAAAUGACUGGUGGGGAAAUUCCUGAUGAGAGCAUGUAUGCGGAGUUGAUGUCAACCAAUUUGUUUCUGGCUGCGCAGCAACAGCGCUUGCAGCAGCAACUCAUCAGCGUCACCGCUGCAGCUCAACAAUUCCAGAACCUCAAUCUGGGAUUGUCACUUCAGCAACAGCAGCAGAAUCUUCCCCAAAUGUCCAAUGCCAAUUUGGGUUUCUAUCAACAACAACUUCAGCAGGGCGUUCAACCCAUCGUGCAGGCUGUUCCUGGCCAGCCUGGAAUGUAUUGUGUAUUCAAUCCUCUAACCGGCCAGCAAAGCUUUAUCAUGGACAACAACUCCCAGGAGGAUUAUUCCCACCAGUCUCCCCAUGAUGUUCAGACCCAUUACGGCCACCAGGUGCCACAAUUCCGCGCCGAAAUUUCUCCCCCCGCAGAUUCUGAGCAGUCUCCCAUGCAGUUCCCACAGUCGGCUCCCCCUGCUGGUAGCCCAUCUCCUCCUCAUGAAUCAGCCGUCAAUGCUCUUCGCAGAAGUCACCGCAAGAACCCUUCGUUCAACCCUGGAAUCAAGACGAACAUCGAUACUUCCAAGGCGAACAUCGGUUCCGGCCCUCGGUCCGCUGCUCUUCCCCCAACUCCGGCCACUGGAACAUUUGGACCCGGUCAAGGCCGUGCUGGCGAGCACCCAAUGCGCCAGCCUCGUGGACCUCCUUCACUCGAGGAUCUUGUGGCCAAGCCAACAUCGAAGCACGAGGGCAGCAAGAACUUCGCGACCCGUCAGCGACGCCGAGCUGUUCAUAAUUUAUUACGUGCUGGGAUCGAACGCCGUGGUGAUACGCGCAGCUUUGGAUAUCAUAGCAGCGGAGGUACCAACACUCCCGCAAGCGAAAAGGAGUUCACUUUUUCCGAUGGCGAUGAUGCUACUGUGCGCAGUGGAGGCAGUCUUUCCAGUAAGCCAAGUCUCGGAAGUCUUCGGGCGGUGGCCAAUGGCGCUAUAGGGUCUGAGAGAAAGGAGAAGUCCGGCCGGGAUCGCAACUCCCCCGACAGUCCCUUCCAUAGUGCUACCCCAACUAGCGAGGAUGGCUACUUUGGGUCCAAGUUCGUGGAUGUUCGCGGGGACUACGUUCCCUCGCCAAGUGCCAGUGGCACCUCUUCGCCCUCGGUGGCGGCUGUUGUUGCUGGCCAGGGGCCAGUGGCCCAAGCACCAGAGCGGCGCAAGACGCCUAUGCUGGUGCUGUCCAGUGCUGAAAAGCGCAAGACCCCUUUCAUGUAA